AUGGGUAACUCUUAUAGGAAGUCUGACUAUGGAGAUAUUGCUAUAAGAACAGAACAACCGUUUUACUUUGCAGGUGACUUGGCUAGAGGCAUAUAAUUAAUAUAAUUUUAGGUAAUAUAUAUUUGAACAUUUGCAAAACAGGUUAGAAAGGAAGUGUCAUUGAAUUUUCAAUUGUAGGAAAAGAGAAGGCUGAAUGGGAUGAGGGAAGUGGUGACGAAUAAAUAACAUAUAGAGGGAAAAAUAAAUUCUAUUCUUAAUCAAUUCCCAUUUACACAUUCUAAAAUUAAAUACCCGAAAUUGGGUAAUAUGUUUUUCCUUUUCAAUUUUAACUACAUCCUUAAAUUCCAGGAUCAUUUGAGUAUAAAGGUCUUCAUGAAAGUGGCUUUAUUACCUACAAAGUUAAAGCAAAAUUUACAUCAUCAGAUCAAAAUAAACCAAACAUUAGAAACAAAUAGGAAUUCCUAGUUAGAGAACCAAUUAAAUAAUUGGUGAUUGGAUAGCAGUAAGAAAGAAUGAAUAAUCUUUAUGUUUGCUGUUGUAUUAAUAAAGGGGUAUUUUUAAGAGCAUAAUAUUUAUAAAGACUUCGAGAGUCAAGGGUGCUUGUGAUAAGAAUCAUUACCUGCAAGGAGAUACUGCUAAAUUGACUCUUGAGAUUGAUAAUUCGAAUUGCUAUUUGAAUAUUAGAUAUUUUGAUAUUGAAUUGUUAAAAGAGUUGAUAUUAAAAGCUAAUGCUAAUUCACAUAAAAGUAUAUAAACGGUACUAGCUUAAAGAAUUCCAGGAAUUUAAGCUCGGUCUAAGCAAGUUGGCUCUGAAAGCAGAAUUAUUGAAAUAAAAUUGAUGAAUCAAAAAAGACCACAACUUGUAUUAACUCCGACAACUAAUGGCAAAAUUGUGAAUCAAUAAUAUUAUCUAAAGAUUACUCCUAAAUUUUAAGGUUUCUUUCAUUGAUAUAUAUAAGGUUGUAUUUGUUGUUCAGCAAAACCUGUUAUAUAGUUCUAGAUAGUAAUGUUGUAUCUAAUUCCUUCUGAUUACAUUUAACCACUUCAGUAACCCUCUGAUUGGAAUCCUUAAACAUUUGAACCUGUUUUGAUAAAAUUUGAUCAGUAGCAUUAGAUGAACAUUGCAAAUAAUAUGCAAUAAAAUGGUCCUUUUUAGGAUAAAUAGUGAUUCUAAUUUAAAAUAAAUAAUAUAUACG